UUCAGUCCACAUGCAUUCAUUCUAGUUUCGCUGAAGGAGGUGUAGUUUGUUCGAUUGUUGCUGCUUGCUGCUGAAAGGGGUUGGACAAAAAUAUUUUUCACCAUGAACAACUGUAAUAGCUUCGUCAACAUGGCGUCGAUAGGAGAUUUCGACCCGCUCAAUGCUUCCAUCCCCGCCACCAAAGUUGAAAUCACAGUGUCUUGCAGAAAUCUGCUGGACAUGGAUACCUUCUCCAAAUCAGACCCAAUAUGCGUUCUGUACACACAAGGCAUCGGCAAUAAGGAGUGGAGAGAGUUUGGAAGGACAGAGGUGAUUGAAAACACUCUCAACCCGGAGUUUGUUCGUAAAUUCAUCUUGGAUUAUUUCUUUGAGGAACGACAGAAUCUGAGAUUUGACCUGUACGAUGUCGACUCAAAGAGCUCCAACCUGUCAAAACAUGACUUCCUUGGCCAGGCGUUCUGUACGUUGGGAGAGGUGGUGGGAUCGCUGGGCAGCCGUAUGGAGAAACCUAUGGCGGGCAUUCCCGGAAAGAAGUGUGGAAACAUCAUUGUUAAGGCAGAAGAGAUGGGAAACUGCAGGGAGUCAGUGAUGAUGCAGUUCUGUGGGAAUAAACUGGACAAGAAAGAUUUCUUCGGCAAGUCAGACCCAUUCCUUGUCUUCUAUCGCAGCAAUGAAGACGGCACGUUCACAAUCUGCCAUAAGACAGAGGUGGUGAAGAACACACUAAACCCAGUGUGGCAGGCCUUCAAGAUACCUGUCAGAGCACUCUGCAAUGGAGACUACGACAGAACGAUCAAGAUAGAAUGCUACGACUGGGAAAGAGAUGGAAGAAGCCAUGACUUCAUAGGAGAGUUCACUACCAGCUACAGAGAGCUAUCCAGAGGCCAGUCCCAGUUCAAUGUGUAUGAGGUUAUGAAUCCGAAGAAGAAAGGAAAAAAGAAAAAAUACCUAAACUCUGGAACGGUAACUCUGCUCUCAUUCCUGGUGGAUAUAGAAGUCACCUUCCUCGACUACAUCAAAGGAGGAGUGGGCCAAGGAGGGACCCAGAUUAAUUUCACAGUGGCAAUUGAUUUCACCGCUUCAAACGGCAACCCAGCCCAGCCCACCUCCCUCCACUACAUGAGUCCCUACCAGAUGAAUGCCUACGCCAUGGCCCUGAAGGCUGUAGGGGAGAUCAUCCAGGACUACGACAGUGAUAAGAUGUUCCCUGCUUUGGGCUUCGGAGCCAAGCUUCCCCCCGACGGACGGGUCUCACAUGAGUUCGCCCUGAAUGGCAACCCCCAAAACCCAUACUGUGCAGGUAUAGAUGGAGUGAUGGAGGCAUAUUACCAGAGCCUGAAGUCUGUCUGCCUCUACGGCCCAACCAACUUUUCUCCUGUCAUCAACCAUGUGGCCAGGUAUGCUGCGUCAGUGAAUGAUGGCUCUCAGUACUUCGUCCUUCUCAUCAUCACAGAUGGAGUCAUCUCAGACAUGGCCCAGACCAAGGAGUCCAUCGUCAACGCAUCGUGUCUUCCCAUGUCGAUUAUCAUCGUAGGGGUGGGACCAGCAGAAUUUGAUGCGAUGAUCGAGUUGGACGGGGAUGAAGUGAGGAUCUCGUCGAGAGGAAGAUAUGCGGAGAGGGACAUUGUUCAGUUUGUCCCGUUCAGAGACUACAUCGACCGGACAGGGAACCACAUCCUGAGUAUGGCCCGUCUAGCCAAGGAUGUCCUGGCUGAGAUCCCUGACCAGUUCCUCUCCUACAUGAGGACCAGAGGCAUCAAGCCCUUGCCCACACCCCCUCCCUACACACCCCCAGGGUACCCUGUCCAAAGCCCCGAUGGACACCCAUUAAAUACCCCCCCAGGACACCCCCUGCAGACGCAGAUCUGAAGGGUGCGGAGAUGCCCCAUGGUCUCAAACAACACCUCUUCAAAUAUUUCUUUGUCUCUCUCCUCUCUGCAUCACUCAGUGAUAGGAGAGGCCUUCUUGGCUUUCUCGCUCUCUCUCUCAUUGCACUAAUGGAGAUUGACUGACUGGCAGAAUGUUCUUACUGAGCGGUUCUACUUUGGAACGGGCAGAUGGAGUCAAUAAGGGCAUGUUUACUUUCAUUGUCAAGCGUUCCUCUGUCUGGACUUUCUGUAUAUCGGCAAAUGGGGACACUCUCUGGGACACAGAUAGACAGAGUCUGGUAUUCCCAGCUCACCUGGCAUGGAAUAGCAGAGUUAAGGAAAGGAUGAAUGGUGGAAGGAAGAAUGAAAGGAGGAUAGGAAGGAAUUUCCUGGGGACUGGCCUUUUCAGGAGCAGAGUGGCGAAAAGGUUCUAUUGUCUCUGGAUGUGGAAUCACUUGACUGUUGUACUGGAAAUGUAUUUCCUUCUUUCUCCCUCUAUCUCUGGUCUCUUUCUAUCUCUCUCCCUCUAUCUCUGGUCUCUUUCGAUCUCUCUCCCUCUAUCUCUGGUCUCUUUCUAUCUCUCUCUACUCUAUCU